AUGGGGCUGUGUCUCAGCUCGGAGUCCACCGAAGAUGCGGAACAGAAGAAGAGAAGCCAGAUGAUCGAUCGGAAGCUCGAGGAAGAUUCCCGGCGGCUACGAAGAGAAUGCAAGAUCUUACUCUUGGGCUCCGGGGAAAGUGGCAAGUCGACCAUUGUGAAACAGAUGAAGAUUAUUCACCAGAAUGGCUACACUGUCGAAGAGCUUGCGCUGUACCGCUUGACCGUCUACAAGAACCUCCUGGACUGCGCGAAAUCGCUUAUCGAGGCCUACCACCGCUUCGAGCUCGAGCCCACCAGCCAAAAGGUCCAAGACUACAUCACCUUCCUGGAAGAUUACAAUGUAGACCCCGAUCCCAACACGCCGCUCGACGGGAAAGUCGGCGAUGCGAUCACAUAUCUGUGGAAUGACCCCUGUACAGCAAUGGCGCUGGAACACCAAAACGAGUUUUACCUGAUGGACUCCGCACCCUAUUUCUUCGAGGAAGCCAGGCGAAUAACCUCCCCGGAAUAUAUCCCAAAUGUCAUGGAUGUGCUUCGCGCACGUACCAAGACCACCGGUAUCUACGAAACGCGAUUCACGAUGGGUCAAUUGAGUAUCCACAUGUUUGAUGUUGGGGGCCAACGCAGCGAACGCAAAAAAUGGAUCCACUGCUUCGAGAAUGUGACAUCGAUUAUAUUCUGCGUUGCAUUGAGCGAAUAUGACCAGACGUUGCUGGAAGAGAGCAACCAGAAUCGCAUGAUGGAGAGUUUGGUACUCUUUGAUUCCGUGGUCAACUCCCGAUGGUUUAUGCGGACGAGCAUCAUUCUCUUCCUGAACAAAGUCGAUCUCUUCCGACAGAAGCUUCCACGGUCACCCCUCAGUAAUUAUUUCCCCGACUAUUCAGGCGGCAAUGAUGUCAAUCGCGCCGCAAAGUACCUUCUGUGGCGGUUUAACCAGGUGAACCGAGCACAUUUGAAUCUAUACCCACACCUUACCCAAGCCACCGAUACUACCAACAUUCGAUUAGUCUUUGCGGCGGUCAAAGAGACCAUCUUGCAGAAUGCCUUGAUAGAUUCGGGUAUUUUGUAA